AUUUAAGUUGCAUUUAGAGCUCAUUUGGGGUGGUCUAUGUGUUAGAUUCGAAAAAAGCCUCGAAUCCCGAAACUCAGAGGCGUAGCGAGCGAGCGCGAGCCAUAGCCUGAAAAACCCAAACCCCUUUUCGUUCUUUUGUUCAUAUUCUCAAGUAUCUUUGUAUCCACUGUGCGACUCAUUGAGCUGAGACUGGGAGCUAUAGAGAAGGAGACGAAGCUGCUGCUUUGCCCUGUGAGUAGAAAUUACGGAUAAUAAUGGCGGAUAAGCUGGAAGAACAGCUCAAGGAGCUGGGAUCCAAGCUGGACCCUCCUCCAACCACCAAGGACGCUCUUCUUAAGCUCUUAGAGCAAGCUGCUACAUGUCUUUCUGAGCUUGAUCAGUCUCCAACAUCAUCAAUAAUGGAAUCAAUGCAGCCUCUGCUUAAUGCAAUUGUCAAGCCUGAACUGCUGAAGCAUCAAGAUAAGGAUGCAAAACUUCUAGUUGCAACCUGUAUUUGUGAGAUAACUCGGAUAACUGCGCCUGAAGCGCCUUACAGUGAUGAUGUUCUAAAGGAUAUUUUUAACUUGAUUGUUGGCACUUUCAAUGGUUUGAGCGAUACCGAUGGUCCAUCAUUUAGAAGGAUAGUUGUAAUUUUGGAGACUCUUGCGAAAUAUAGAUCGUGUGUUGUGAUGUUGGAUCUUGAAUGUGAUGAUUUGGUUAAUGAAAUGUUCAGUACAUUUUUUUCUGUCGUAAGGGAUGAUCAUCCAGAAAGUGUUUUAUCAUCCAUGCAAACAAUCAUCAUUGUGGUGUUAGAAGAGAGUGAAGAUGUUCGAGAUGAUCUUUUACUUGUUAUAUUGUCUGCAUUAGGUCGUAAUAAAAGUGGUGUUACUCAAGCUGCCAGGAGACUUGCUAUGAAUGUCAUAGAGCAGUGUUCAGAAAAACUUGAAGCUGGCAUAAAACAGAUUCUUAUUUCAGUGAUGUCUGGAGAUAAUCAAUUAAUAAAAAGUGAAAUUGACUAUCAUGAAGUUAUCUAUGGCAUUUAUCAUUGUGCUCCUCAGAUACUGUCAGGAGUUGUCCCAUACCUCACAGGAGAGCUGUUGGCUGAUCAAUUAGACACUCGUUUGAGAGCUGUGAGAUUGGUUGGGUCCCUUUUUGCUCUGCCUGGUGCUAACAUAUGUGAAGCAUUUCAGCCAAUAUUUUCAGAAUUUUUGAAGAGGUUGACUGAUAGAGUUGUCGAUGUUAGAAUGUCUAUCCUCGAACAUGUUAAGAUCUGUCUGUUGUCAGAUCCCUCUAGACCUGAGGUUCAUCAAAUAAUCUCUGCCCUAUGUGAUCGGCUUUUAGACUAUGAUGAAAAUGUUCGAAAGCAAGUUGUGGAUGUAAUUUGUGAUGUUGCUUGUCAUUCUCUUGUUUCCAUUCCUGUUCGGGCUGUAAAACUAGUUGCAGAGCGUAUUCGGGACAAAUCUCUGCUUGUUAAAAAAUAUACCAUGGAAAGAGUGGCUGAGAUAUUCAGAGUUUAUUGUGCUGGCUGCUCUGAUGGCUCGAUCAAUCAGAAUGAAUUUGAUUGGAUACCUGGGAAGAUUUUUAGAUGUUUUUAUGACAAAGAUUUUAGGUCAGAUACGAUUGAAUCUAUUUUAUGUGAAUCCCUCUUUCCUACUGAAUUCUCAAUCAGAGAUAAAGUUAAAUGUUGGAUAAGAGUCUUCUCUGGGUUUGACAAAAUUGAGGUCAAGGCACUUGAGCGGAUGCUGGAGCAGAAGCAGAGGUUACAGCUAGAGAUGCAGAGGUAUCUCUCUCUAAGGCAGAUGCAUCAGGAUAGUGAUGCUCCUGAAAUACAAAAGAAAGUUUUAUAUAGCUUCCAAAACAUGUCUCGCACUUUUUCUGAUCCUGUGAAGGCAGAAGAGAGUUUUCAGAUUCUUGAUCAGUUGAAAGAUGCUAAUAUUUGGAAGAUUUUAUCGAAUCUACUGGAUCCCAAUACCAGCUUCCAUCAAGCUUCUAGUGGUCGGGAUGAAUUACUUAAAAUGCUUGCUGAGGGGCACGAACUCUAUGAUUUUCUGAGUACACUCUCACUGAAGUGUUCUUAUCUACUUUUUAACAAGGAGCAUGUGAAAGAAAUCCUUCUGGAGGUUACCGUACAGAAGUCUGCUGGAAACACAUUAUACAUCCAAUCUUGCAUGAAUAUACUCGUGAUUCUUGCGCGAUUUAGUCCAUCGCUUCUGGGUGGAGCUGAAGAAGAACUGAUUACUUUUCUGGAAGAUGACAAUGAAAUUAUAAAAGAAGGCAUUUUGCAUGUUUUGGCUAAGGCUGGUAGUACCAUACGGGAACAACUUGCAGUGUCAUCAAGUUCAGUCGAUCUUAUACUGGAGAGGCUUUGUUUAGAAGGCAGCCGGAGACAAGCCAAGUAUGCAGUGCAUGCACUGGCAGCGAUAACAAAGGAUGAUGGGCUCAAGUCUCUCUCUGUUUUAUAUAAGAGCCUUGUGGACAUGCUAGAAGAAAAGACGCAUCUACCAGCGGUGCUCCAGUCUUUGGGGUGUAUAGCUCAGACUGCAAUGCCUGUUUUUGAAACUAGAGAGGGUGAAAUAGAAGAAUUUAUUAAAACUAAAAUUUUGAGAUGCAAUAAUGAUGCAGAUGGCAGUGCAAAUGGAUGUUGGGAUGACAAAAGCGAACUUUGCAUGUUGAAGGUAUUUGGGAUAAAGACAUUGGUCAAAAGCUAUUUGCCUGUCAAAGAUGCUCAUCUUCGGCCUGCUAUUGAUGACCUUCUAGGACUCCUUAGAAACAUACUUUCUUUUGGUGAAAUAUCUGAAGAUAUAAAAUCAAGCUUAGUUGAUAAGGCUCAUUUAAGGCUUGCUGCAGCCAAGGCAGUUGUUCGUCUGUCCCGUUACUGGGAUCAUAAGGUUCCUGUUGAUGUCUUCUAUUUAACCUUGAGGACUGCUGAGAUCUCUUUCCCUCAGGCUAGGAAACAAUUCCUCAACAAAGUUCAUCAAUAUAUAAAGGACCGGCUCUUGGAUGCCAAAUAUGCUUGUGCUUUCUUAUUUAAUAUACCUGGAUCCAAACCACUUCAGUUUGAGGAGCAGGAUAAACAGAAUUUAGCCGACAUCUUCCAAAUGUAUCAGCAGGCAAAAGUUCGGCAGGUUGCUAUACAAUCUGAUACAAAUUCUUCAACAUCAUAUCCUGAAUACAUCCUGGCCUAUUUGGUUCAUGCUCUUGCUCAUCAUUCAUGUCCCAACACAGAUGAAUGCAAAGAUGUCAAAGCAUUUGAAUUAAUAUUCCGGCAAUUGUACUUGACUAUUUCUAUGUUGGUGAAUAAAGAUGAAGAUGCCAAGUCAGAAGCUGAUGCCAACAAGGAGAAGGAGAAUAUUUCUAUGAUAUUCUCUAUCUUUAAGAGUAUCAAGCACUCUGAAGACAUUGUUGAUGCAACAAAAUCAAAGAAUUCGCAUGCUAUCUGUGACCUUGGACUUUCCAUCAUGAAGCUCUUAGGUUAUAAGGAGGAUGCAGGUCUUAUACAGUCAGUCUCUCUGCCUCCAAUCUUAUACAAACCAUAUGAAAGAAAAGAAGGUGAAGAUUCCCAGGCUGGAGGAAGGCAAACAUGGUUAGCUGAUGAGAGUAUCUUGUCCCACUUCGAAUCCGUAAAGUUGGAAUGUGAUAGAAUGGUUCAUGCAGAGAUUGUCAAGGAGGCUUUUAAAGACAGUGAAACUGAUAGAAAUGAAGUGCCUCUCAGAAAAAUGAUUAAGCAGUUAAAAUCUAAAGAACCCAAGGGUGGGAAGGCUAAAAAGAACAAGUCUCUCCCUGUAGAAGCAAAAGAUGCUGAAAAUGAUGUUGAUAUUUUGAAAAUGGUGAGGGAAAUAAAUUUGGACAGUCUAGAGAGGUCCAGUAAGUUUGAGUCAACCAAUGGUCAUAAACAUUUCCCUACCAAGAAAGAAAAAGUGGAGCAGGAGCAUCAGAAAGGUAAUAAGAGAAAAUUAAGUGUUGCAGCUUCUGUCCCAGUGCCAAAACGCAAGAGGUCGUUACCUGCACAUAGUGCUUUCAAGCUUUCACGAAGUGUUUCUAAGGUCCCUUCAGGACAUGACUGGCAUGAAGUUAAAGAUUCCUCAUUUCUACCUAUGAAAAUGGACAUUGAUAAAUUCUAUGAUUCUAAAGACAAAAAGCCCACAAAUCGAAAACGGAAUGAGAAUAAUGAGUUGGACCACUUGGUGUCAUGCAGUCGGAAGAGAAGAAGCGUCCCAUUGAAAGCUAAAGGCAAAGGCUCUGAUAGUGAUGAGGCAGAUGAAGAUGAAGCUGAUGAUGAAAAUCUUGAGAAGUUAGACACCCCCAAGUCUGCAGCUGGAUCUAGCAAAAAGCAGAAGAGGAGCAUUGCAGGAUUAGCGAAGAGCUCAACCAAGGAAGAUAAAAUUGAUGUUGCAGAUUUGAUUGGUUACAGAAUAAAAGUGUGGUGGCCCUUGGAUAAGCAGUUUUAUGAAGGUACAAUCAAGUCUUAUGACGCCAUAAAGAAGAAGCAUGUGGUAUUAUAUGACGAUGGAGAUGUGGAAGUGCUUCGUCUGGAUAGAGAGCGUUGGGAGCUCAUUGGCACAGGCCGCAAGUCUGGAAAGAAGUCAAAUUCAUCGAAAGUCAGCAACAGCCCUCUGAAGGAAGUGUCUCCUGGGCAGAAAAGUAAGAGCUCUGGUGCUUCACGUCAGAAUAUCAGUUCAGUAAAGACACUUAAGGGGAAAAGAACUCCAAAGAAAAACUUGAAGCAUGCUCAAAGGAGCAUGUUGAAAGAUGAUGAAGAGAAUGCUGGUGUGUCAGAAUCCAAGUCCACUGCCGCAAAAAAAAUUCCUAAAAUGAACUCAGAUGAAUCUGAAGGAUCAGACACCGAAAUGGUAGACGAGAACCUAACAGAUAGGGAAGAAUCUGGGAAGAAAACGGCUUCAGUUUCCCAAGGAAGAUGUUCAGAAGAUACAAAGGGAAGCCCAAAUAAUGCUGAGGAGUCGGAUGAAGUUAAAUCUGAUGCUGACGGGAAUCUUUCCGGGCAUAUAGAUAGCACUUCAGAAAAUGCUCGAAAGGUGGACGAGGAAGAGAAAGCAGCUGAUGAAUUAAGUGAAGAAUCUAGAGAACCUGCUAGUAAAGCAACUGCAUCAGAACCUGAAGAGGCUGAAGAAAGUGAUCAUGUUGAGAGUAAAACUCCAAUCUCGAAAAAAACAUCGAAAGGGUCUUCCUCAACUUCGGAUGUUGCAGAUUCCGGGAUUUCUGAUGAUGAGCCCCUUAGCAAGUGGAAGCAUAAGGUCGGAAAAUCCGGUUCCAAGAAACUGCAGUAAGGGGUUGAAGAUGAACUUGAGCGGGAAGCAAGUGGUGCUGUGUCUGUUGAAGUGGUACGAAAGAACCUAACAAGACGAUGGUCAUCUGACUUUUAUGUAAACACAGUAAUAAAUGUCCGAGUAAUUGUCCUUGCCCUAGCCGUAGCUAUAACGGUAGACUAGAACCUUGUAGAGAAUGUACUGUAAAAUAACUGUAGGGGGGGGGGGAACUGUAGUGCAUGGAUGGUGUAGGGUGGUAGAUGAUUAGAGAUAGUUUGCAUGAAAUUGAUAGGGUACAUUUGUAUAGUUUAAUUGUAUUUUGGGGGAUUGUUUUACAACUUUAUUUGACUUUAAAACAUCCAUAUCAAAUUGAUCAUUGUUUCACCAUCGUCGUCUGCACACUGCUCAGCCUACCAUUGGCUGCGGUGGGAACACAAGCUGUUCGAAUUAUUGUGUGAAUCAAAUAUUCUGCAAAUGGAAGUAUUUGUGUGAAUGCUCGGUCAUAAA